CUGUACACAUGGUGACAUGAUCGUCCAUUGUAUUUCAAUUCUCAAUACUUUUGCUCUGAACAAAGCUCUAUAUAAGAAGCCACUGCUGUGUAACAGGAUCUUUAGAAGGACUGGGAUCUCUUCAGUCUGAUUUAAUUAUCUUUAUAUAUUAUUGGCUGCAGAUCAAGAAACAUUGCAAAUUGAAAGGGAACAACAUGAGUGGAACAAUCUGGGAUGCUGCUGUGGAUGAAAUCAAUAUCAAAAAAGAAAACGAAGCUUAUAAAGGAAUUGUAACUGACAAAUAUGUUCUUGUUAUUGGUGGAAAAUCAUCAGGGAAGACUACAGCGCUGCUCAGAUUUUUAAAUCGUGAAGAACCUACGAAGCCUUCAGUUGCUCUCGAAUACACCUAUGCACGGAAGACUCAGAUGCAUGGCAACAUGAUCGGCCACAUAUGGGAACUAGGUGGUGGAACAUUUCUUGCAAAGCUUCUUGAUAUUCCUUUGAACAUGGACACCUUGAAACAGAUGACUGUUGUACUGGUACUUGAUUUGUCAGAUCCAAAAAAACUUUGGUACACAGCAGAGACAUUGUUGGAAGCUGCAAGAACAAGGAUUAAGCUAGUUAUCAGGCAGGAAAGUAGAAACGAUCCGAACUUACAACAGAAAAUUGAUGAAAAAUCAUGGAGAAGAGUUGGUGGAAAAGAUCACCCGGAUGCACAUGUAAUGGAUCCUUUUCCUGUUCCACUAAUCAUUAUCGGCAGCAAAUAUGAUUUGUUUCAAGAUAUGGAAUCUGAACAGAGAAAGGUUAUUAUGAAAACCAUGCGAUUUCUCUCCCACAUAAAUGGUGCAACUUUGUUAUUCCUGAGCAAUAAAGUGGAAACAACUGUACGAGGACUUCGACAUGUCAUGAACCAUGCUACGUUUGAUGCUGACCUCAACACUAAAUCAUUGAUCGACCCCCAACGACCACUAUAUGUGCCAGCUGGAAUGGAUAGUUUUGAAGGUAUAGGUAAUCCACCAGUUCCAAGCUCAGACAUUGGCCGUCUCUCAUCAAAAAAUCCUGUAGAUAUGUGGAGAAUGGCAUUCUGUGGACAUUUCCCACAACAGGGAGAAGAUAAAAGGAAUUUAACCACAGCAGAGGACCCUGCUAAGGACACCCAAUUCCUUGAACCAUUAGUCGAUGAAGCGAGGGCUCAAAAAGACAGAGAACUUGAAGCUUAUAGAAGACAAGAGAAAAAUAAAUGGACUAGAAUGUAGGGUGUGGUGAUAUUUCACAGGAUUUAUUUGAUCAUGUAGUGCUAUUCGAAAUUUGCUACAGAUGAACAUUUGGAAAAUAUUGCUGCUCCUUUGUAUCAGUAUAUUUCCACAAUGUAUUAUCAAUGGUUUUCAACCUUUUUGAUGCAGGGGUUCAGGAGGCUCGACGACCCCUGCGAAAUAGUUCAAGUGCCUGAAUUGUAAACUGUAAGUGUUGUAAGUUGAAUAAUAGUGGCAAACCUAGGUAUUUGAUGAUAUUAUUGAAACAAUAUAUAGACUCUAUGAUUUGGAUGGAAACUGGCAAAACCCCGGUUAAAAACGACUGAUCUGUAUGGAUUUGAAUUCCUGGUAACGGAAGCACGAACAGCUAAUCGUCAUGAUUUUUUUCCAAUCACAUGGAAAAACACUUAGUUAACUCAUUUGGUACCAAACUCUUCAGCUAGAUGUUAUUUAUAUUUCUGUACUUCAUUGUGACUUUUUUUUCACUGUUUCUAAAUAUUACAUGUAGAGAAAUAUA